AUAUAUAUUCACUAUAUAUUGAAUGAAUCAGAUAUCACCUUUUUCAAAUUUGUAUACAUUUAUAUAUAUAUAUAUAUACAACUUUUGAGGAUUAUGACUGAAAUACAUCCUGCUUCAUCUCUUCCUAGGCAAGAUGAAAAAGAUAUAUCGGUAACUAUAAUUAUUAGUGACCAUGGAAGUGUAACGAAAUCGGCAGAGAAGCCGGAACAAGACGAAGAUAGUAGAGAUAAUUGGACAGGUAGAUUUGAUUUUCUACUGUCAUGUUUAGGAUAUGCUGUUGGACUUGGCAACGUUUGGCGUUUUCCCUAUAAAUGUUAUGAAAAUGGUGGAGGCGCUUUCUUUAUUCCUUACUUGAUAAUGAUGGUUUUUGUCGGUAUGCCACUAUUCUUUUUGGAACUCGGUUUGGGUCAAUUUACUAGUAGUGGACCCACUACGUGUUGGAAAUAUUGUCCCAUUUUUGGGGGAAUUGGAUUAGGAAUGGUAGCAGUAUCAGCGAUGAUUGGAAUUUACUAUAAUAUGAUAAUAGCUUGGGCAGGCUACUAUUUGGUUAUGUCAUUUACAAAAAUACCAAAUUUACCUUGGGAUAACUGCGAUAAUUCCUGGAAUAGUGACGAAUGUUUUGACCGAAUAAAUCCGUGUAUAAACCUAACAAAGAAUGAUAACGGACGAUGCGAAACGCUGAAUGGAGUGAAAGGCGUUAAAUCUUCUGGAAAAGUUGUAUAUGUCACAGCAAUAGCACCAUAUAUUGUUUUAAUAAUACUUUUUGGCAAGGGAAUGACUUUAGAUGGUAUGGGAAAUGGCGUAAAAUUCUAUGUAACACCCAAAUGGGAGAAAUUAAAAGAGGCUAAAGUUUGGUACGAUGCUGCGAGGUUUGUUAUAUUUGCUUAUCUCGGUCACAUGGCUCAUAGAAUAGACAGGCCAGUUGACGAAGUUGUCGAUGGAGGAACUGGAUUGGCUUUUAUUGUUUAUCCGUUUGCUGUAACCGAAUUGCCAGGCUCUGUUUUUUGGGCCAUUGCCUUUUUCUUUAUGCUUAUCCUUUUAGGAUUAGAUUCACAGUUUGCUCUGUUGGAGACAAUAACUACAUCGAUUCAAGAUCAGCUUCCAAACUUCUUCAAAGGAAAGAAGAAAACAUUUCUUAUCAUGUUUAUAUCGCUUUUGCUCUUCCUAGUUGGCCUAUUUUUGUGUACUCAGGGAGGACCUUAUAUAUUGGAACUAUUGAAUACCUAUGUAGGUGGGUGGUCAAUUAUUACUUUAGGUAUUUGUGAAACAUCAUCUUUAAUGUAUAUAUACAAAUGGAAAAAAUUCUCGAACGACUUACACGUCAUGUUGGGGAAAAAACCUUGGAUAUGGUGGAGAAUAAUGUGGAGUUUUGUCACUCCUGCAAUUAUGUUGUUUGUUAUGAUUUUCUCGUUUAUCGACUAUUCUGGAGCUAAAUUUGGCAGUUAUAUUUAUCCUAAUUGGGCGAAUGGUGUUGGUUGGUGCCUUACAGCUAUAGUUGUUGUACUAGUGCCAGCUUACGCCAUCUACUUUUUAGUAAGAUUGGAUGAAAGGAAUCUUUUAGAGAAAUUGAAAGUGUCCAUCAGACCAACUAAAGACUGGGGUCCACGUUUGAACGAGAACAGACGUGCAGCAGGUUAUGAUCCCAUCGAAGUAAAUGAUACAGUUUUAUCGUCUCCCACAGAAGAUAAUUAUCAAGAAGCGAAUGAAGACGUAAGAGAAUCGAAAAUUGGACCAUCAUUCACAAAUCCAAGUUAUAUCAAUGAAACUUAUUUAUAA